GCUUGCUACCAAUGGCAACGAAGAAAUUCAAGGGACUAAUAUUGAUCUUCAGUUGUUUUUGUGUGCUUUUGGUUUCAAAUUCAUUCGCUGUGGGUGAAAGAAUCACCCCUAGAAAGAAGUUGCUGAAAAAUUGUGCCUACACCGUUACCAUUGAAACAACAUGCGCAAAGGGAGCUGAAACCUCAAACCACAUCAGCCUGAGAUUCGGCGACACAAAUUCAAACGACGUUUUGGUAAAGCAUCUGAAUUCGAAGCAUGUGAGAAAACUGGAUCCUUUGGAGCCAGAAGUCCUUGACGAUGUGCCCAGGAAGCCAUUUCAGGCUUGCACGGUUGACCAAUUCCAAGUCAAGGGUCAGUGCGUUGACUCGCCGGUUUGCUAUUUGUAUCUCAAAUUGGCUGGAAGUGAUGAUUGGAGACCCGGUUUGGCCCAAGUUAGAGUGUUGGAAGGCUCUAAUCUCAGCUCUAAUUUCUUUUAUUUUCGGAGGUACUUGCCACGUAACGUUUGGCAUGGAUUGGAUGUAUGUGACAAAGAUGUCACUCCUUUUGGAAUAAAGCGCAAGAGGAAAAUAUUGGGUGGAAAAAGACACUAAAAUGAAGUUAUCAUGAUCGGUUAAUUUCAUGUAUUGAUUUUUAUGGUUUGCUUUUUUUUUUUUAUAUAUAAUUUAUUUAUG